AUGCAGAAAGUUCUUAAAAAUCCUGGAAAAUAAGGUCCUUAAUUUAAAUUAAAUUUAGGUCAAAACAAUGGCCCAAAUUAAAAUAUAAAUCGAAAUAGUAUUUAAUCUAUUGAAGAUCUUUUUGAAUAUAAUAAUGAAAAAAUAAUGAAUGAAAACAUUGGUAUUAAUAUAAAUGAAUCUAAAUUAUAACAUAUUACUUAAUUAGUACAUCAAAAAGUAGCAAAUAGAUAAAUUAAAAGAGUUGAUAUAUUAAUGGAAGAUUUAGAAGACUACUUUAGAAUCGGAAAAGAUAAUAAAGAAAAUCCACUAUUAAAUGCUAUUCAUUUAAACACAAGUAGAUUUUAAGAAAUAUUAUCUUCAAUUUGUGACAAAUUAAUGCCUAAAAGGACAACUCCAUAAACUGAGGAAGAAGAAAUCGAAAAUAUGAAAGAAAUAAUAAACUAACACCGUUUAAGUAAUUUAGAAGUAGAAUAAAAUCGAGACGAAAACACAUAUAAUAAAAUUCACCCAAAAAUAAUCCGAAAAUAUGAAUUAUUUAUAGUAAAAGGACCUAACUCUAAAAAUAAUCCCAUCCCCAUAAGAAAGCUUACUUCUGAUAUUAUAGGAUAACUAGUAACCAUAAAAGCUAUUGUAGUAAGAGUAUCUGAAGUAAAACCUUAAAUAUAGGUGGCCUGUUAUAUAUGUGAUACUUGUGGUGCUGAGUUAUACUAAAGUGUAGAUUUUAAAAAAUAUACGCCUUUGUCUUCUUGUUAAAGUGGAGUUUGUUUGACUAAUAGAACUAAAGGAAAAGUUCAAGUCAGUAUCCCUUCAAGUGUUUUUUGUAGUUAUUAAGAAAUUAGAGUAUAAGAAACUUCAGAUUAGGUACCAUAUGGGAAUAUUCCAAGAAGAUUUUUAAUUAUUUCUAAAGGAGAAAAUGUUAAUUAAUGCACUCCUGGAGAUCAAAUAGUUGUAUAAGGAAUUUACUUUUCAACUUAAAAAGAUAGAUUUAGAAAUACAGACCUUUUAGUAAUGGAUACAUAUAUAGAAGCUUAUUAAAUUAUAAAAGAAAAGAAAAGUUAUUCAGAUGAAAAUACAAGUAUAGAAAUAAUGUAAAGAAUCGAAAUAAUGCGCCAAACUAUGAAUUAGUAAUAGAUUUAUGAAAAUCUCGCUAAAUCAAUAGCACCAGAAAUAUAUGGAAUGUUAGAUGUUAAAAAAGCAUUACUUUUAUUAUUAAUCGGAGGAAGAUCGUUAGAAAAUAGCGAAGGUAUAAAAAUUAGAGGAAAUAUAAAUUUAGCUAUGAUCGGAGAUCCUGGUGUAGCUAAAAGUUAAUUAUUAAAACAUAUUGCUAAAAUAUCCCCUAGAGGAAUCUACACAACCGGAAAAGGUUCUAGUGGUGUUGGUUUAACCGCAUCUUUAAUAAAAGAUCCAGUAACUGGUGAUAUGAGUUUAGAAGCUGGUGCAUUAGUACUAGCUGAUACUGGAGUAUGUUGUAUAGAUGAAUUUGAUAAAAUGGAUGAAUAUGAUCGUACAUCAAUACAUGAAGUAAUGGAAUAAUAAACUGUUUCUAUCGCUAAGGCAGGAAUGGCCACUUCCUUGAAUGCCAGAACGUCUAUUUUAGCAGCUGCAAAUCCUUUAUAUGGUAGAUAUAAUCCUAAUUUAACUCCUCAUAAAAAUAUAAAUUUACCAGCAGCUCUUUUAUCAAGGUUUGAUCUUAUUUUUAUUUUACUUGAUAAAUGUACUGCAGAAGGUGAUAUGGAAAAGGCAAAUCAUAUUAUAUAUGUGCAUAAGUAUAAAUAAGCCCCUAAGUUGAAUUUUGAUGUAAUUGAUGUUUAAACUAUUAAAGCUUAUGUGGGAUUAGCGAAAUAAUACUAGCCGAUUUUAGGAAAAGAACUACAUUAAUUUUUAAUUGAAAAGUAUUUGGAAAAAAGAAAGGAUUAAAGUUAGUAAUAGGGAAAAAAUUAUACUACUCCAAGAACUCUCUUGGGAAUUAUUAGAUUGGCAUAAGCUUUAGCUAAAUUAAGGUUCUCAGAUUUAGUAAACUAAGAUGAUGUCAAUGAAGCCUUGAGAUUAAUGGAAGAAUCUUAAAAAUCAGUAGAGGAAACUUAAGAUGAUAAAUAAAUUGAAUAAAAGAAAAAUGAUUUUAAAUCUUCUAUUUAUAAUUAUAUUUAAACUUAGUGUAAAUGUAAAAAUAAUAGAGUAAAUAUGAGUGAUUUGGAAAGAUAACUUAAUCAUAAAGGAUUUACGGCUGAAUAAAUUUAAAAAACUAUAGAUUAUUAUCAAGGGAUAAAUGUAUUAAUGUAAUCGGAAGAUGGAAAAAUAGUUAGUAUUGUAGAUAAUUUAUGAAAAAUUAUUUAUUAAUUUAAAAUAAAUUUAUAUAUAUUUUUUUUUAUUAUAAUUAUUUUUAAUUCAUAUUUUUAUAUAUAUAUAUAUAUAUAUUAUAUAAAU